AUGGGCUUUUUUAUUUCAUCUGAGGAUAUAAUUGGCGCAGAAGUGUGCUUUUUCGGUAUUUAUGUUCAAGAGUACGGAAUUAACUAUAACGAGCCAAACGCAAGGUCAAGAAACAAGGAGGAAAACCUGGAGAAGAACUCAGGUGUGUUCUUCACUAUUCGGCUUGUCCCACAACAGUUUGAUUUUUUACUGCCCGAUAUCGUUGGUGCGGAUCCAUUUAUGGCUUCAGAAAUGAUGGAAGACCGGAACACGUUUUUGACAAGAAUUCUCAACUCUAGCAUUAUGUUUUGCAUUGAACGACUCGGAUGGAAACAAGAUAUGAGUUAUACAUGUAACAAAUGCAACGGUUUCAAUGUGAAAUGGCAAUGUACAACGUGUGAUGUAAAGUUGUGUUCUGUCUUUGAUGCACGCAUGCCAAUGGAGAGACGCAAACUGCCGUCGUGCGCCUUCUCACAAAAUGAAACGUGUUAUGCAAUACGCAAAGAUAAGCACGGAACAUGUGGAUGA